AUGGAGGUCGGCGACGACGACUGCCCUUCCCUCGCUGUCGAGCUCCCGCCGCAGACGGCCUCUCCUCCGUUUCCCGCUUCCUCCUCCGCCUCCGCCUCCGCGCCGGUCGGCGUCACCGUCAUCACCGGCUACCUCGGCGCCGGCAAGUCCACGUUAGUCAACUACAUUUUGAGUGGACAACAUGGGAAAAGAAUAGCAGUAAUACUGAAUGAGUUCGGAGAGGAAAUUGGAGUAGAAAGAGCAAUGAUCAAUGAGGGGCAAGGUGGUGCCGUUGUUGAGGAGUGGGUGGAGCUAGCAAAUGGAUGCGUUUGUUGCACUGUAAAACACAGCCUGGUUCAAGCACUUGAGCAACUUGUGCAGACUAAGGAGAGAAUGGAUCAUAUAUUAUUGGAGACAACUGGUUUGGCUGAUCCUGCACCACUUGUCUCCAUUCUCUGGCUGGACGAUCAAUUGGAGUCAUCAAUCAGACUAGAUUCUAUCAUUACGGUUAUUGAUGCAAAAAACUUCAGGCGGCAAAUUGAUGAACACACGAACUCUUCCUCAUUUCCUGAAGCAUUUCACCAAAUCGCGUUUGCGGAUGUUGUGAUAUUAAACAAAAUUGAUUUAGUAAAAGACGAUCUCGAGGAUUUGGAAAGGCAAAUUCAUGAUGUCAAUGCGCUUGUUACAGUGGUGCGGUCUGUGCGGUGCCAGGUUGACUUAAAUACAAUAUUUGAUCGACAGGCAUAUGGUGUGAAGAAUUCAUCACAACUACAGGAGCUUCUGGAGUACAGUAAAUCAGCACCACCUAAUAGUCGCCAUGAUAACAGUAUUUCCACUUUGUGCAUUUAUGAACAGGAUCCAGUUUGCUUGGCUAAGGUGGAAUCAUGGCUUGAAGAUCUUCUUUGGGAGAAGAAAUCCAACAUGGAUAUAUAUCGUUGCAAAGGGAUUUUGAAUAUCCAUGAUUCAAACCAACUUCAUACAUUACAGGCAGUGAGGGAAGUCUAUGAGGUUGUGCCGGCUCGAGAAUGGUCGGAGACACAAUCUCGCAUGAACAAGAUAGUUUUCAUAGGCCGUGAUUUGGAUAUCAGUAUCCUCCAAGAUUCAUUUAGUCGCUGCAAGCACUAA